CUUUCCUAGAGAAACAACAGCUGAGCUGAUUUUGCCAGUGAGAUUGAGACGGCCCAUCCACCAGUUGCUUCAGCAGACAUGGCGGGGAAAGCUCACAGACUCAGUGGGGAGGAAAGAGAACAACUGCUACCUAACUUGAGAGCAGUAGGCUGGCAUGAAUUGGAUGGCAGAGACGCAAUAUGCAAAGAAUUUCAUUUCAAAGACUUUAACCGGGCCUUUGGAUUCAUGACCAGGGUGGCUCUGCAGGCUGAAAAAUUAGAUCACCAUCCCGAGUGGUUCAAUGUCUACGAUAAGGUCCAUAUAACAUUAAGCACCCAUGACUGUGGUGGUCUUUCUGAGCGAGACAUCAACUUGGCUAGUUUUAUUGAACAAAUAGCUGCCAGUCUGUCAUAGGAUGUGCGUUAACAGCGUUGCUCCUCAUCUGUGCUCUAUAUACAUAUUGAUUUAAUGCCCGGACGUGUAUUUUUUAGUCUCUGCAAAACAUUCCAUUCCUAGGUGUUGCGGACAAUGGUAACGUGACAGCUGAAUUUUUUUAAUGCAAGAUUUUUUUCUUUCUUGAUUUUAGUAGGUACAAUAAGUAAGCCAAAUUUCUAUAAGGAUAUUUUGCAUAACGGUCGCAUCCUCCUUGCUUCAACAGCCCUAAAGGCUUCAAAUGAAACCUAAUUUUGUAAUUACUUUAUUUUGAGCAACAACACAGUUGUCUAUGUGAACAAGCCCUAAAAUCCAGGAUGACAUGUUGUCACUUCAGACCUGCUAUAGUUAAGCAACAUUGCAGGAGCUUGUAAGGGAAAGCCUGAGUGUGAUAGGACACAACUGACAGGUCAACAAAAAUUUGUGCUUUUCUGGACAAUUUGCUGCCUGACCCCCUAAUUUUCAAUAUUUUAUCACCUUUGAUUUUGUUAAUCCAACUGUUGAGUGUCUGUAACAGAGAACUUAUAAUUGCACGCAGUAUCCUACAGUGUUAUGCAGUUACAGCCUCCGUUAGUGUUUUAGAAGAGUCUGUUACCAAUGUACUCAAGCAUUCUCUGUAUUUUUAAUUUACACUUGUUUCUGUUAUUGUAUCAAUUUCAUGCAAACAACUAUUUUUUAACUAAUAAAAAGGCCUAGAAUAUCCAAGUAA